AUGACAGCACUGGAAUGGGAAUUCCCGUCUUUCUGGGAAUGGAACAAUGGUAGUCGACACCGAGGAUUUAUACAUUAUUCACUACCAUUUCAAGGUUCUGUACCAAAGAGUUACCGAUCUAAAAUGACAGGCAUCUCAAACGUUGAAACAAUUAUUUUACAUAACGAUAUUCAUUCCGAUCCUCCGAAAUUAGGAUUAGAAGUAAGACAUGGGCCAGUGGUCGAGAAUGAGCCAAAAGAAAAAACAGCUCCAGCCUUCACAACAUUUUAUGAAACGACAGAUUUUUGGUCUGCAUCAAAGGAAGUAUACUUUGUUUUGGCUCAAGAUGCUAAUGAAUGCGGAGCUCGUAUUUCAGCUCCGCCAACCAAACAUACGUUCCUUCUGCGUGAUCAAAUUUUCAACUUUCGUCCAGGAAUGGUAUAUCGCGUUAGGAAAGGUAUCAAUAUCUGGUCAAUACCUCUUGGUUUUAUUGCUGGUACCUGCGCUGGAGUCUUCGGGGCUUCAUAUUUGCUGUGUAGGAAUUUCAAUACGUUUUACAAGCGUUGGAAUGCACAAAUGAAGAAAACAUACGGAAAAUUCGCAACUCCAGACGUCUCAGCUGUAUAUUUUACAACUUAUUUUUCUAUAUGGUCUAAUUAUAAUUUUUUAAACAUUCCUAAAUACUUGUUUUGA